UUAAAAAAAUCAGUAGAGUAAAACAUCCUCUUUCUCCCAUGCUGAAAUCCCAACUCCUUGCUGUGAUAAUUUUUUUUUCUUACCAUAAUGGAAUAUUUUGGGUAGGAAAACUGCAGUGUUUAAUGGUACAUCUUGCUUCAGUCAUGGCCGGAUCCAGGUGCUCAUCCAGUGGCUCUAUUUCCCUCUCUUUUAACUUCAUUCCCAGCUUUCUCUACAUGAUAGCAAAGGGACCACUAUCAACUAGAAACAUUCACUGCUCUUUCAACUGAUCCCCAAGAAAAGAAAGUUUUUUUUUUUUUUCCUAAGAAGAGCACCAACCAAACUCCCAUGGAAUUGGCCUGGCUUGGGUUGUGCUCACAGGUGGUGGGCAGGGGGAGUAAGACAUCAUUACUAGCUAGAACAGAGUCGAAUACCACCUCUGGGGGGCAUAACCUAAGUUAGCUUGGCUUGGGGGGGAUGGGGUAACAGCUUUGCAAUGCAAUAUAAUUCAUAUACCAUAUAAAUGACCCAUUUAAGAUGUGCUAUUCAGUGGUUUUUAGUAUUUUCAGAGUUGUGCAACCAUCACCAUGAUCAAUUUUAGAACAUUUUCAUCACCCCAAAAAGAAACUCUUGCUCUUUAGCUAUGUCCACUCCCAGCCCAGGCAACCACUACUUUUCUGUCUGUAUGAAUUUACCUGUUCUGGACAUUUCAUAGAAAUGCAAUCAACGUGUGUGGUCUUUUGGAACUGGCUUCUUUAACUUAAAUAAUGUUUGCAAGGUUCAUCCGUGUUGUAAUGUGCAAUCUUGCGUUUUAAGGUCUUCAAAGAUCUGCCGGCCCCUGCUUCCCUUUCUGUCCUAUUAGGCUACUCUCCCCCUUCCCUAUUGUGUUCUACUUUAAGCACAUAGCUACUUAGACCCUUUGCACUCGGGUAAGGACCAAAAGGGGACGGAGAAUGAAAACCCAGAUUUAGGCCCUAGGAUCAGCGGGCAGUGCAGUUAUUGCAGGGUUUCACAAAAAAGCCACCCUUUAUUGGGGACAGGGGUUUUUCAAACUGCUUGCUUCCAAUGGAAUAAAUAAUUGUGAGUUUUAUCUUCGGUUAAAAUGGGCCCUGCCUUUUUUGGGGGGGAUAAUCCCAGUUGCGAAACUUCUGCCUCCUGCUCCCCUCACUCACUCUGUGAAGAUGUGGAGCCCCACACGGUCCCCAUGUGGCUGUUCUCUCCCCUCCAGGAAAGCGAAGAGGAACUUUACUCCUCCUGCCGCCAGCUCAGAAGGCGGCAGGAAGAACUGAACAAUCAGCUCUUUCUGUACGACACACACCAGAACUUGCGCAAUGCCAACCGGGAUGCCCUCGUUAAAGAGUUCAACGUCAAUGAGAACCAGCUCCAGCUGUACCAGGAGAAGUGCAACCGGAGGUUAAGAGAGAAGAGAGUCAGCAACAGCAGGUUUUACUCCUAGGAGCCGGGGUACAUGACUAAGGGGGUCACGCGUGCGUUUGUCCUCUCUUCAGGCCCUGGGAACAUGCUCAUCUGUGGGGCCAUCCUCUCCUCAAGCCUGGCCCCAAGAGGACAUUUCUGGAGAUCCCACUGGCAGGAGCUGAGGUUAUUUCCUGCUCAUUUUUUCAUCUCGGACAAUUUCUUAACUUAUAUUUUCUAUAGAGGAUUGUGGAAACUGUGUUCCUCAUUUUUGGCCUCUCAUGUUCCAAACCUCCUUGAAUAAAAGCCGUGAAAAUCCC